AUGCCUCUCUUCAAGCCCAGCAGCGAUAAGGAAGCCCCCAACGAGGAGGCGACCUCUGCCACCUCCAGCCAGCAGCAGCCCAGCACUACGAACACACCCGGGGACGACAAGAAGGCUAAAACCCCGGCCAACACGCCCGCGGGUGGCUCCUCCCUCCUCGCCGCAUCCCAAGACCAGCUGGCCAUGGGCCUCAGGGCCGCCGUUUUCAAGGGUCUCGAAGAGCGCCGGGCGCACCCCGAGAAGAGCCCCGCCGAGGUCGCUGGCGACGUGGUUGAUGAGCCGGGAUCACAGCGGACCGCCACCCAGGAGGAGGAGGAGGAGGAGGAGGAGAAGAAGAAGCAGAAGAAGAAGAUGAUGAUGAUGAAGAACGGCUGCAAGUUGGGGUGCUGUGCCGAGGGAGCCAACGAUUCUGUGGCUCGUGGUAAGGCCGGACUGCCGACGGAAUCGCUAGAGGGCGACGAAGGGGCACGCGAGUUGGCUGACGGCAAGCAGGCUAAUACUGCUGGACACGUCUUGGACCAAACGAGUCCGCUGAGACAUUAG